AUGCUGAACAGAUUGUAUAUGGCCGAAAAGGCCCUGUCAAUCAUCCGGAGUGGGCGUAUAGUAGCUUUGCCGGAACCACAACGCAAUGUAAAGAGUCAUUGGGAUUUUUUGAUCCAGGAAAUGACAUGGAUGGCAAUUGAUUUUUACGAGGAAAGAAGAUGGAAGAUACAUGCUGCUAGACGUUUAGCUUUAAUGGUCCAAAACUAUUGGAGGAAAAAGAAGUUAAACCUAGAAAGAUAUGUAUCUUCGAAAUGUUGUGCACUUAUUCAGUCAUUUUGGUUAGGAAUCACUGAUAUUGUUGAACCUUCACUAAUCUCACUGGAUUUAAAACCAUACAUAAUGGUAUGUCCAAUAACAGAUAAUGAGAGUAUUUCAAAUGCAGCUAGAAAGAGAUUAUUAAACUAUUGUAUGCGUACAAUUGAGCAAAGAAUAUAUGAAUACUCAAAGUCCAGUAGUAAUAUAUGUGCAUGUUCUGAUUCUCCGAUAAGUAUUGAUAUAUGUGAAGAUAACGAUCACGAACAAUGGGUUAUUGAUGAGACACUACUAGCACGUAUUGAUCCUCUAGUUUUCACUAGUAAUAUAGUACCUGCAGCUUCUCCUCAAUCUAUCUUUUCUGCCUCUCUAUCACAAUUUACAUCUUUUGAAAAAAACACUGAUUUCAAUAAAUUGUUGAAUGAGUUGGCAGAAAAUCAGAAAAGGAAUUUUGAUGCAUGGAGUUAUAAACAAUUACAAGAAAAUUGGGCAGAUAUAGUUCAGGUAUUGUUACAAGGACCUGGAAUUGUUCCAAAUACAUACGAGAUACGCCCUCCAAAUCCAACUAUAGAUUUGCCGAAUUUACAAUUAACAGCUAGAUCAACAUUCCUAGAUCCAGAUGAUAUGACACUACUUCUAUCAUUAUUUGUUUCUGCUGUGGAUGGACUAUCAGCAUUUGUUAGUCGUCAUAUUGCUUCUUCUGCAUCGAAUAUUGUAUAUCGUCCACCUGCGAACAUUAGCUUGGCUGGGACGUCAUCUCAUGACUCUAUUGGAAGUGAUUAUAAUAUUGAUUCUAAAAGGAAAAGUAGAAGAAGGAGUGGUUCGAGUACAAAGAAAGCAAAUAUAAUCUCCCCACCUAUUCCAAUUAAUACUGCAAUGUCAUCUCCAUCUAUUCUAUCAAUUAACCAAGUUGAUCAGUCAGCAUUUGAUAUAUUUACUUAUGCAGAUAUUUGGGAAGAACCUGAAGAUGCAUUAUUAAUGUAUUUUGUUUCAAUAUACUCAUCUAUUCCUUCAGAAAUCACAUUUACAAAUAGAACUUUAGUUUUAACAAAUUGGAACCUUAUUGCUUUAUCUCACAACUUUUUUUUUAGUUCCUUAUAUGGCAGAAUGAAAACUGCAAAACAGUGCCAGGAAAGAUGGAAGCAGUUGCAAAGGGAAGGAUUUGAUGGUGCAAAUAUUUGCAGUGAUAAAAUUUCAUCUUAUGAUGUAGCAAAUUCACCCAAUAAACAAGGAAUACUGAGGUGGUUUAAUAAUAAACAUAAGACAUACCAUUUGAAUACAUCACUCUUAACACAUAUUGAAAAUAUUGAAUCAAAUAUUUAUAAACACUUUAAAGAAAACAAUGGAACUGAUGAUAUUUACAGUGCUUCAAAUAAUAACAGAAAUGAUAGGGAUUUAGAUUUAUCAAAUACAAUUACUCCACAUUAUACACUAGCUGAUUUAAUCAAUAAAGCUACUAAAGCAGAUAUUCCUAUUUCUCAUAAUACUACACAGCCAUCAAUAAGCAUGAACAAUGGAUCUAUUGAUGUAAAGGCUAGUAAUGAAAAUAAAUAUAAUAAACUUGAUCAAACUCUAACUAACAAUAACACUGAAACAUCUUUAUGUAUAACUAAAUUUCAACAGGAGCAAUUAUAUUUACUAUCAAGUAUAGUUAGUAAAUUUGGGAUUAAUAUGAAAAAACGUUCAUUUCAGAAUCAGCAGUUUCAGGAUUCAUUUCAAAUUACCUCAUAUCUACAAAAUAUACAACAGAAUUAUGGUAACAAUAUAUUACAGGAUGGUGUUCUUCCACCGCAUCCAAGUCAUGCAAACUUGACUAAUCAUGCAAAUCAAGUGCUAAAUCAAUAUAUAGAAACUUCAUUACAAUCUACGCCUUCAAUUUCUGUCAACAAUAUGUCAAAUGUAACUCCUCUACCAAGUGGAAUACCAACGCAUUUGUUGUCUCCAGGAAACUUACCACCUGCUACUUGUGUUGAGGAGUACUUAGCACGCUUGCCAGGAAUUGAUAUACAACUGCACUUAAUUGAUUUCUCUUUGGAUAGAUAUCGUCAAAGUACAAUGGGUGGGAGGUAUGGUGGCACUGGGAUUUUAAUGUCUACUUCAUCUAUUUGCCGUAAACCUCAGCUACCAGAAUUUCUUUUACAAAGAUCAGUUGGUGUGGGAAACUCUAUGACAUGCAUACCUGGAGCAAAUUCUAAUGUGCAUCAUUCAAAUAUUACUUCUCAAUCAACAGUAAAUCAGGGAGAACAAAUAUCUACACCACAAUCAUAUACACCCCCAAUUAUAUCACCUCAAUCAGGUUCUAUUAUGCUUCCUGGUGGUCAAAUUAUUAAAGCGAAGAAGAGAGAUAUUAACAAUAAAUCUAUGGUAUCUAACACUAUGAAGAGACGAAAGACAAAUGUAACUACUGCAGCUAUGCAUUCUCCUGCUAUGAUCUCAUCAGGAAUUUCUAGUUCAGAGGUAAUGUCUCAAUCACAUUCAGCAAGUUCAUCGUCUCAGCUACCCCCAACGGUUAUUUCUAUGGUACCCGAAAGUGGUGGACAGUCACCUUAUGUAAAUCAAGAUAUGAUUGCUCCUCAAAGACAAAAACAGAGUAUAGUACCAAAUAAUGUCAAUUCUAGGCAAGUAAAUUAUGUAAACUAUGGGACUGCACCAAGGAAUUAUGGAGCUGCACCUCCUGGCAGUUACAAUAACUUAUCAGGUAACUACAUUCACUCAAGUCAAGCAAUUCCUAAUAAUUCAAAUGUUGGGAAUCAAAGUUACAGUGGCGAUUUUUGGAGUGAUUCACAACAUGGGCUCUCAAGAAUGCACCAAAAUAGCACCCAGGGGACAUCACCUGGCAAUAAUGCUCCAUACUAA